UUUUUUUUUUUUUUUUUUUCUUUGAAAUAUUCUAUACUAAAAUUAAGCCUAAAUUUCCAUUCCAUCUCACCAAUGGCGAUGAGUGACUCGAGAUCUUAGGGAGGGAUCAACGUCUGAAAUUUCAUUCGAUCAGUGUUUUUCUUUAAUGCAGCUGAAAUUGGCUUCGAAUUUGCCCACGAUUUCCUCCAUUGAAGAUCCUAAUACUCCAAUUCUUUCCCCCACUAUCUCAUCAACUGAAGAACCAAUGGCGGUUCCCGCGGUUCAGUUCCCGAUCUUCAUGGCCGUGAGAGUGCUCGGGAUGGUUGUGGCAACUCUCGUCUUCAUGUGGACCUUGCACUUCCGUGGAGGAUUGGCGCUUAUAUCAGAUAACAAGGAUCUCAUCUUCAAUGUCCAUCCUGUUCUUAUGGUCAUUGGACUCAUACUUCUAAAUGGUGAAGCAAUGUUGGCAUACAAGACAGUCUCAGGAACCAAAAAUUUCAGAAAACUAGUUCAUCUUGCAGUACAGUUUGUUGCAUUCUGUUUAAGCCUGAUUGGCAUAUGGGCUGCCCUGAAGUUCCACAACGACAAAGGAAUCGAGAACUUUUACAGUUUGCAUUCAUGGUUGGGUCUAGUUUCGAUCUUUCUGUUCGGCUUCCAGUGGACUGCAGGAUUUGUAACCUUUUGGUACCCUGGCGGCUCCAGAAACAGCAGAUCGACUCUAUUGCCAUGGCAUGUUUUCUUUGGUGUUUACAUAUAUGGCCUUUCCAUUGCUACAGCUGUUACUGGCUUGUUAGAAAAAGCUACAUUUCUUCAAGUUAGCAAGGUGAUUUUACGCUAUUCCAACGAGGCGUUGCUGUUAAAUUCGUUGGGUCUCCUCAUUGUUCUUCUGGGUGGUCUUGUAAUUCUCGCGGUUAUCGCUCCAUCGAAUGGCAAAGGUGACAUUUUCAGGGGGCCAUCAGAAUAGGAUGAAGAAGCUAAUGGAAAUGGAACAAGGAUUUUUGUUGCGUGACGGAUCUUUCCUGCUGUAAACAUAUCAGAAUUGAACUUGCGUAACACAAAAAUCACAUCCUAGGUUGAGAAGCAAUGAGAAGCAAACAGAUUCUUUAGUUGAGAAUAAGAUGUUAUAUGUUGUCUUUUCACGUGAGCUA